CAUCAAGACCAACGGUAUCAAUCAUACAUUCAUGGAUUGCGAAAUGGGGAAUGGGCCGAUUCCCUGGCAGUUCACGCUCUUGCUAACAUGCUAAAUAUCAAUAUCAAAGUCAUCAACACCAUCACUCCCGACUGGCCGGUUGAUGUUCAUCCUCUACUGCAGAGAAGUCAAAACACAAUUACAAUAGGGCAGAUUGGCGAGCUUCAUUAUGUGGCCUUGCAGGAUGCUGGUGUCGUAGACUCAGAAACAGAGUCUGAAAAUGAGGAAGAUGAGGAAGAUACAGUUGCCUUUCAGGAAACAAGCAAACUACGGGGUCUUCCUUAUGACACCCUACUACAGGAAGAACAAGUUCCCAAUGGCGACAAUAUAUACUCUGUUGCGCCAGGGGAGAAUCAAACACCCUGCGCUUUCUUCACUGAUGAUAGAUUUGAAGAGCUUGCCAAUCCAUCUAAGUAUCCGUAUGGCCGCGGGGGGUUAGGUGAGAAGCGCCAGAAGGGAAUCACGCCUCGGAAGUAUUUCAACCUACGGCUUUUGCACAAGGAUGGACGAUUUGCUAAAGACAUCGAGUACCUGCUGGCUGCACAAUAUUCAGUAGAAGCAAAGCAGAUCAAAGAUAGCAUCCAGAUCAAUCUGCGCCAGACCAGGGGCCAUACAUUUCAGAAUAGGAAGAUCAACGCUGGCCUAAUGAAGAACUUGGACAAUGUACAGGCAAUGCUGCGUACUGACAAUGCGUUCAAGUUCUUGACGAACGUAAGGGGAUCUCCACCCUACUGGAACAAAGCUCUACUGGAUUUACUGGCCUAUGUCCGACAGCUGGGCAUACCCACGUGGUUCCUCACGUUAUCAGCUGCGGACAUGCAAUGGCCAGAGGUGAUCCAGAGUAUUGCUCAUCAAUAUGGAAGAAAUCUGACGGCUGAUGACAUACAGAACAUGACAUGGCAGGAGAAGUCCAAAUGGCUUCGAUGCAAUCCGGUUACCGCAGCCCGGCAGUUCCACCACCGACUAACCCUGUUUUUCAGCGAAUUCAUCGGAGGAAAGGCUAACCCGAUUGGUCAACUCCAAGACUACAUGAUUCGCAUUGAGUUCCAAGCCCGGGGGUCCCCCCAUGCACAUACGAUACUCUGGAUGAAGGACGCCCCAAAACUCGGUGUGAACAGUGACAGCGACGUGGUCAACUUCAUUAACAAGCAUCAAACCUGUGCCAUUCCGGGCGAAGAGGAAGAAGACCUGAGGCACCUGGUACUCUCUUUGCAAAAGCAUGUACAUUCACAGACAUGUCGGAGAUCUGGGUCAUGCAGAUUCAGGUUUCCGCAUCCGCCCAGCUGUUUGACCAUGAUUGCCAGACCAUCCGAGGCAGAUCCGUUAGUUGUAAAAAGGGACCUCAAAGUAAAAGAGGAGGUUUUCCGGAAAGUGCGUACCGUAAUGGAAGACAAAAACACUCCUGAAGAUAUUUCCCUGGAACAGCUGCUGCAAAGGGCCAAGGUGGGUCCAGAUGUGUACCAACAGGCGCUGAAGCUGACAAAAUCAGGUGAACAAAUCGUCCUUCAGCGUCAUCCAUCCGAAAGAUUCAUAAAUCAAUACAACCCAAGCAUCCUUCAAACCUGGCGUGCUAACAUGGACCUUCAAUUUAUUCUGGAUGCAUAUUCAUGCAUCAUGUACAUUACUAGUUACAUGUUGAAAGGGGAAAGAGCAAUGAGCGAGGUGCUAAAGAAGGUGCUGGAGGAGAGCAGAGGCGAUGACCUGAAAUCUACACUGAGGAAGGUCGGAUCAGCCUUUCUCAAUAACAGAGAGGUGAGUGCACAGGAGGCUGUGUACAGGCUGCUUUCUCUGCCACUAAAAAGAGCCAGUAGGAAAGUGGUCUUUGUAAACACUGCUCCAAAAGACAAACGGGUGUCCAUGCUCAAGCCGCGGAGUGUCCUGGACGCCAUGGACGACGAGGACGAUAAUAUCUUCUGUACGUCACCCCUCGAUAGGUACGUGUGCCGACCGAACGUCCUCGAAAAAAUGUCCCUAGCUGAAUUUUCAGCCACGUACACAACCGGUGGAAGUUAUCUGCCCGACGACCACAUUCCAGAUGUGCUGGAUGGCAGGGAUGAAAAUGGUGCUGCCGACAAUGAAGGAAGCAACCAAGACGACAUGUAUCCAGCCGUCAUCACACUGCAGAACAACUUGGGCACCAUGAGAAAGAGGAAAAAGCACUGCAUCAUCAGGUUUCACAAAGAAAGAAAAGAUGGCGAGGACAAGUACGGGAAUUUACUCAUGCUAUACUUGCCUUGGCGAAACGAGGAAGUCGACAUCAAAGCAAACUUCCCAUCGUUCAAAGAACACUAUGAACACGUCAUAGACACCAUCCGUGCCAAUGAAGCGAUGUUCAGCAUAAACGCUGAUGCAGUCAAUGCAGCCUAUGAUGACCUGCGUCAAAAUGGUCCCCCAGAAGACAUGUGGGAUAGUGUUGCUCCGAAUGUGGAGUUCCAACAGGCUGAGCAACAAGAUGAAGGAAUAACUGUGGAGACAGAAGUAUUCCAGGAAGACCAAUGUGGAAACAUCGACCUGGCCCCACAUUCAACACCCAGUCCUAGAACAGCCGCGUUUGGCAUUAAUGGUAUGACCUUGCACUCAGCUCUCAGCCUCAGUUGUGGUCUGAACAGGGGCAAAGACUAUCAGCCAUUAAGCAGUGACCGACUGAACACACUUCGCUCACGCUUGGGAAAGCUGAAGCUCCUUAUUGUGGACGAGGUGUCGAUGGUCGGUGCAGACCUCCUGUAUCACAUCCACCGCCGUCUGCAGGACAUCUGUGGCAGCCCCGACCCUGACAGCCGGUUUGGAGGGGUCAGCAUCCUGGCUGUCGGAGACCUGUUCCAACUCCAGCCUGUCGGUCAGAAUCAUGUCUUCGGCCUGCCUUCAGACAGCUACGCCAAGUUGCAUGGAUCUCUGUGGGAGGAAAACUUCCACAUGAUGGAACUCACGGAGAGCAUGCGACAGAAAGAAGACCAAAACUUUGCAAACCUUCUGAUGAGAGUAAGAACAGCCUCAUGCACAGAAGAUGACAUUCACCUUCUCAAGUCCAGGGUCAUAUCCAGAACCGACCCAAGCUAUCCAUCAGAAGCGCUGCACGUCUUCAAAACCAACAGAGAAGUAGACGAGCACAAUGCCAAACACCUGACAACACUUUCGUCAAAGGUGUUUGAUAUCAAAGCCAUCGACUCGAAGAAAGAUCUUCUAACGGGUUUCACUAAUGUUAACAUGUCCACCAAGCCAAGUGACACGGGUGGCUUGCGAGAAGUCGUGUCUGUAGCCGUGGGAGCAAGGGUGAUGGUGACGGUUAAUAUUGACGUUGCAGAUGGACUUGUAAAUGGAACAUUUGCAACGGUCGUUGGCAUUGACAGCACAGGUCCUGAUGUCCAUACCAUCCUGGUUAAGUUUGAUAGUGAUCGUGUUGGCAAACAAGCCAUUACCGACAGCCAAUAUAAGCAGGCUUACCCCGGAGCAGUACCCAUCAAAAGACAAACCGUUCAGUUCUUCGCUGAGCAGACAGAGUGGGAAGAGGAGGCGGAGUCAUGA